AUGGCGGACCCAAGCGACCGAACGGAUAAACUGAACAAGAUCUACAACAACAUCGUAUUCGGCAGGCAAAAACUCGGUCGUCUCAACUUCAAGCAAUUCCUUGAGGCCAUCUGCGUCCAGGAUGAUCGUGCCGCGUGUGUAACACGCCUCUCCAAUGCGAACCCACCUCUCCUGCAAGAGGCGUUCCGUAUGGAACUCGCGCCCGUCUUCAUAAAUGGCCCCAUUACUUCAGUCCUCCUGUAUCUGCAAGACCCGAAGCUGAAGGAGAUAUCUGGCGGCGCCAUCCUUCACGAUCUACUCAUCCAAAUCGUUGAUCCUCCCAUCUUCUGGUCCGCUUUCCAGGAGCGGUUUCGUAUGGGAGAACUCACUAGGGAUGGCGAGCUCUCCUUCGCUUUUGUCCUUCACGAUCUUGUCUCCAAUCCAGCGUCUUCCUCCUCCUAUCGUCCUGUUGCCCAGGAUCCCUCGGUAAUGAACAAACUCCGCGGAUCAGCGCAUCAGGAUAUACGCACGUACGCCUACAAGAUAAAGCAAGUUCUCGAGACGUUCGAAGCACCCGCUCUUCCGGCAACCAUAGUCAGUCGCCCCGGCGGAAGGCACGACAACGACUUCGCCGACUUCAGGCAGAUCGCCAUCAUGCCCACCGCGGACGAGAUCAGAGCGAUAGAAUCACCCUUCCUACUGCCCAGCACCGCUUUCGAGAAGGAAGCUCAGCGCUCGAGUAUCUACCUCGACACUCAGUUUCGCCUCCUGCGAGAGGACAUGCUGUCGGAGUUGCGCGAUGAGGUUCAGAUUGCGCUUGGCCAGAAGCAGGGCAAACGCAGGGGGAGAGUCAUCACCAAUCUGAAGUUGGUCAACGUGUUCAGCGGCGAUAGUUUGCGGCGGCAGAAGUGGUCUCUCGUCUUCGAGUGCUCAAAGGACUUGUGGGUCUUCGAAACCAAGAAGCCUAUCCGGGAUCGACUGGAGUUUUUGAAGAAGGAAUGCAAGUCCAUACGUCACCUGUCGCUCUCUUGCCUCAGCGUGGACGGCGAGGUUGUGGCCUUCCCACUCAUCAUACGCGAAGAGCCGCUCAUCGCUAGGAAGCUGCCUCAGAUCCCUCUGCAGUUCGGUGGCGAGACGAGCACGAUUCUCGCCCUGGAGCGCAUGAAGUCAGCACAGAACAUCAGCUUGCUGUUGAUUGACACGGCCGUCUUCGCGUACGAGCCGGUGCUGCGCGCUCUGCAGCAGAUGACGUCCGUACCCUUGCAGGACGAACUGCUCUACUGGGAUGACAAUCAGCCGCCUCGCGCUGCUCCCGAGGCUCCGGCGAGCAUCAUCAACGCAUUGGAGAGGAACCAGCAGACGGAUCUCGGCACGCUUCUCGGAAUGGGGAAGAGCAUUGUCCUUGACCCCGCGCAAGCGGCAUCUCUCACGUCCGCGCUCAAGCAGCGUGUAUCGUUGAUUCAAGGGCCACCAGGGACAGGAAAGUCAUUCAUAGGCGCUAUACUCGCCAAAGUCCUACACGAUUUCACGUCACAGACCAUCCUCGUUUGCUGCUACACCAACCACGCCCUCGAUCAGUUCUUAGAAGAUCUCAUAGACGUUGGUAUCCCUCGUACCUCCAUUGUGCGCCUCGGAGGGAAGCCAUCCCUGCGAACGCAGGAUAUGUCUCUGCAACGCGCUCGACUUGACGGCUCUGACUUCGCGAAGGUUCGCGAGUUCCGUCAGCUGUCGGAGCAGCUCGUCAAGGGCCUUGAGCUCAGUUUCAAGUCGUACCUCGGGGCGAACGUGUCUCUGGAUACGCUCAUGCAGUACUUGGAGUUCGAGGACCCAGAAUACUUUGAGGCCUUCCAGGUCCCCGCAGACGAAGACGGAUUGGAGCGCGUAGGGCGCGAUGGUCGCGCGAUCGGCGCUACAUACCUAUUGGACCAGUGGACGAGGCAGCAGAACGGCGGGAUCUUCGCCGGCGAUCCUGUCGUCACAGCCGCGCCGCAGAUCUGGAAGAUGUCGAGGGAUGCGCGUUCGAACAAGGUCGCGGAGUGGUUCCGCGCCAUCUACAGGGAGCGCGCCGAGAAGGUGUACAAUUCAGGGCAUUCGUUCAACCAAUACCAGGAUUUGAUCUCGCAGAAGUACGUGCAAGCCGACGUUGUUACGCUGAAGGGGAAGCGCGUCAUCGCCUGUACGACCACCGGCGCUGCAAAGUACGGCGACAGCAUUCGAGGCGCGGCGCCUGGCGUGCUGCUGAUCGAGGAGGCUGGCGAGAUUCUUGAGAGUCACGUUCUUACUGCGAUGAACGAAGACACGGCCCAAAUCAUCGCCAUCGGCGACCACCAGCAGCUUCGCCCGAAGGUCAGCAGCUACCAGCUCACCGUCGAGAAAGGGGAGGGCUACGAUCUCAAUGUGUCCCUCUUCGAGCGACUCGUUCGCAAGGGCUAUCCACAUCAUAGCUUACUCACUCAGCAUCGCAUGCGACCGGAGAUCUCCAGCCUCAUUCGUGCGCUCACAUACCCUGACCUACGCGACUCGGCGAAAACGGCUGGCAGGCCCAAUCUCCGCGGCGUUCGCGACAAUAUCAUGUUCAUCAGGCAUUCCAAGCCCGAAGACGAGAACCGCAAGCUCUCGACGCACGACACACCAUCCUAUAAGUCCUCGAAGCAAAACACGUACGAGGCGCAGAUGCUGCUCAAGAUCCUUCACUACCUCGGGCAGCAGGGAUACGGGACGGACCGCAUCGUCAUCCUCACACCGUACCUUGGCCAGCUCAAGCAGCUGCAGGAUGCAUUGCGCAACGACCUUGGCGAGCCGAUCAUGAGCGACCUCGACGUGCAGGACCUCAUUCGCGCCGGGGUGGAUAUGCCCAUGGCUGCGCAGGUCGGCAAGACGGCCAAAAAGGCCGUCCGUAUCUCUACGAUCGACAAUUACCAGGGCGAGGAGAACGACAUCGUGCUGGCGAGCCUCACGCGGAGCAAUCCAGAUCACGACAUUGGGUUCAUGUUCGCUCCCGAGCGUCUCAACGUACUCAUCUCUCGAGCGCGCGACGCCUUGAUCAUGAUAGGCAACGACGACACUUUCCGGAAUGCUCGCAAGGGCAGCGAGCUGUGGCGCCAUUUCUUCGACCUUUUGGAAAAGGGGAAGCACAUAUACGACGGAUUCCCUACCGUGUGCGAACGGCACAGGACGCGCGAGGUCGAUUUGCGCGAUCCAGCGGAGUUCAAGGUGCAAUGUCCAAACGGCGGUUGUACACAGGCGUGUGGUGCACAACUUCCAUGCGGACGGCACACAUGCUUGUCUAUAUGUCACAUAGGCAACGAUCACAGCGGCGUGCGAUGCAAGCAUCCGAUGGAAGAUCGCUGUGCUCGUGGGCAUACCAGAGGUUGGGCAUGCUGCAACGGGCCUCCUCUAGUCUGUCCGUCUUGCGCAGAAGAGACGAAGCGAGAGGCCGAAGCGAAGAAGCGCGCUGCCAACCGAAAGCGCGCAGAGGAAGAGGAGACGCGUCGUCACCUCAAGCGUCUGGCGGAAGUCGAGGAGAAGAUCCUUCAGGAAACUCAGCGACGAGAGGCGGAAGAUCUCAAGCAAGAGCGAGAGCGCGAGCUUUCCCGGAAGAGAGCCGACCUAGAAGCAGCGCGCAAACGACCGUCUGUUCAAGCAGCGGGUGCGUUAAGCGCGGAUCCCUCAUCCCGGACAUCGUCUACGCGCCCCGUCGAUGUACCUUCUACGUCCGAUACGAGCGCAAAGCGUGGAAGCGCUCCUCCCGCUCCCCCUACUGCGACGUCCUUCCCCAGCCAGCCACCGCAAACUCAAGGGACGACCUCUACACCUUCCUCGACCAGGACUCCUGCAUCAGGGAAGUACGUUCCAAAACCAAUGAACUCUUCUCAAAGCCCAAGCGAGGACGACUGGGCUCAUAGGAAGGCCGUUGAGGGCAAGUCGAACGAGCACGUCGACAGGAUCAUGGCUCUGGUGGGGUUGGAAGCAGUGAAGCAGCAGGUCUUAUCUGUCAUGGACAAGAUCGAAGUCGUGCAGCAGCAAGGAACGUCACUCAAGGAUCAACGCUUCAACGUUGCUUUCCUCGGAAAUCCGGGAACUGGCAAGACGACGGUGGCGCGCCAUUAUGCCAAGUUCCUCACAUCUAUGAAUGUUUUGCCCGGUGACGUCUUCCUCGAGACUACUGGCUCGCAGCUCGCAAGUGAAGGCCAGGAUGGAGUGAAGAAGAAGAUAGAGGCUGUUCUCAAAGCGGGAGGCGGCGCCAUCUUCGUGGAUGAGGCCUAUCAGCUCACAACGGACUACGACAGCGGCGGCCGUCUCGUCCUUGAUCUCAUGCUCGCAGAGAUGGAGAACCAUACCGGCAAACUCCUCUUCAUCCUGGCUGGAUACAACAAGGAGAUGGAGAAGUUCUUUGAGCAUAACCCCGGGCUUAAAAGUCGUGUACCGCAGCAAUUCCAGUUCGAGGACUACAGCGACGAACAGCUCAUGGACAUCAUGGAGCGGAGACUGGUGGAGAAGUAUCGGGGACGUCUGGUAGUCGAGGACGGCAUGCGUGGACUCUAUUCCAGGGUCGCCAUACGUCGCGUGGGUCGCGGUAGGGGCCGUCCAGGGUUUGGCAAUGCGCGUGCAUUGCAGAACAUGCUCGAUCGCGUGACGGAUCGCCAGGCUAAGCGAGUCGCCCGAGAACGGCGCCAGGGCGUCAAUCCUGAUGUUUUCUACCUGUCUAAAGACGACCUCGUCGUCGAUCCUACGACGGCCAUGAAGCAAAGCAAAGCUCUGCAAGAUCUCCAUUCUCUUACCGGCCUGCGCGCGGUCAAGGACGCCGUCGACAACUUCGUCCAGCUCGUUGUGGUGAACUAUAAGCGGGAGCUUCUCGAAAAGGAACCGAUCAUGGUCCCUCUCAACCGUGUCUUCCUGGGGUCGCCGGGAACUGGCAAGACCACGGUCGCGAAACUAUACGGUCAGAUUCUGGCUGAUCUUGCUAUGUUGAGCAACGGAGAAGUCGUUGUGAAGAACCCGAGCGACUUCAUCGGCCAAUACGUCGGGGCGUCUGAGCAGAAUACGAAGAACAUCUUGGCGGCCACAAUAGGAAAGGUUCUGGUCAUCGACGAGGCUUACAUGCUCGGCGGCUCAAGCAAGGACGGUGGAAACCAAACGGACUCUUUCAAGACCGGCGUCAUCGACACGAUCGUAGCCGAGGUGCAAAACGUCCCUGGCGAUGACCGCUGUGUCCUACUUCUUGGAUACGACGAGGAGAUGAACGCGAUGUUCCAGAACGUCAACCCCGGCCUUGCGCGUCGGUUCCAGUUGGAAGAUGCCUUCCACUUCGAGGACUUCAGCAUGGCAGAGCUCAUGGACAUCCUCGACCAGAAGAUGCGAAAGCAGGAACUGGAUGCCACCGACGCCGCUCGCAAGGUCGCUCAAGACGUCCUGGAUCGUGCACGCAAUCGCCCGAAGUUUGGGAAUGGUGGAGAAGUCGAGAACCUGCUUGGUCGAGCGAAACAGAACUACCAAACCCGGCACAACCAGGUACCCGUCGCACAGCGGCCUAUCGACACGGUCUUCGAGCCAGUCGACUUCGACAAGGACUUCGACCGGGCUGCGAAAGCAGGCGGGAACUUGACGAAGAUGUUCGAGGGCAUCAUCGGCUGCGACCACAUAGUCAAGAAGAUACGCGAUUAUCAGAACAUCGCGCAGGUUCGCAAGGCACAGAACAAGGAUCCCAAGGAAGUCAUCCCCAUGAAUUUCGUGUUCAAAGGCCCACCAGGCACCGGUAAGACGACAGUGGCGCGUAAAAUGGGUCAAAUAUAUUUCGACAUGGGUUUCCUUGGCUCCUCCGAGGUCGUCGAGUGCUCAGCCUCCGACCUGGUCGGCCAGUACGUCGGCCAUACUGGACCAAAGACGCAGAAGCUCUUCGAAAAAGCGCUCGGCAAAGUCCUCUUCAUCGACGAGGCGUAUCGACUGGCGUCCGGGAACUUUGCGCAGGAGGCGAUGGACGAGAUCGUCACGGUGAUGACCCAGGAGAAGUUCAAGGGGAAGCUCAUCGUCAUUCUGGCGGGCUACGAGCACGAUAUCAACAACUUGAUGUCGUCGAACAGUGGCUUGUCAAGCCGAUUCCCCGAGGAGAUCAUGUUCUACAACCUCGGGCCUGACGACUGUCUCGAUGUGCUGAGACGUCAACUAGAGAAGGAGGAGAUCCGGUGGGAUCGUCUGUCGGACAAAGUCAGCGUAGCUUAUGCUGAGCUGAAGGACGAUAUUGAGGCGAUGGCGAGCAUGCCAUCCUGGGGUAAUGCGCGCGACAUCGGAACCAUUGCACAGAGCCUCACUCGCUUGGCGUACACGCAGGGCACCACUGACCGGGGCGUGAAACCGGUGGUUCUCGACGACGCAGCCGCUAUGGCGUGCCUCAGAGAGUUUGCGGCAGGCCGCAGGUCUCGCGCGGCCAAUCUUCCUAGGCCUGACCAGCGACGUCAGCCUGAUAACAGCUCGCCAAUGGCUUCGGCUUCCGCAUCUGCCCCUCCGCCUCCUCCGACCAAGACGCAGACAAAUACAGCUACCAAGAAGAAUUCGAAGCCUCGUCCUAAGCCCCCUCCUGCUAAGGUCAACUCGCGUCCACCUACGCCGCAGGUGCCUUCCUCCGAUCCCGGCAGUCCUUCUCCUUCGUCUCCCUCCCUUGCGUCCUCGCGGCCAUCUACCCCUGCCUCUUCUACGCAGCCGAUGAGGGCUGCCCCUCCCCUCAGGCCGCAGGCCAAAAGUAAAGGACCCGCUGACACGUCGCGCGAUCCUGGCGUCCCCGACCACAUAUGGAACGAGCUGCAGGCCGCUAAGCAGGCGCGUCAACGGGAGGAGAUCGCGAAUAGGGUCGCUCGUCAGAAGCUCGAGCAGCAGAUACGCACAGCCGAAAAGGUCGAGCGCGAGAGGCAGGAGCAGUUGCGCGUGCUGCAAGCCAAGGCAGAGGCCGACCGUCGAGAGCAGCGACGCGUUGCGGAAUUGCAGAAGAAGAUGCAGCGAGCGAGAGAAGAGGAGGAGAGGAGGCGCAGGGAAUUGGAGGAACGAAAGAGGCGGGAACAGGAAGAAAAGAGGAAGCACGAACAGGCGAUGCAGAAGCUGCGCAGAAUGGGGGUGUGCGUGGCGGGCUUCCAGUGGUACAAGAUGCCCGGAGGAUAUCGCUGCGGGGGAGGCUCGCACUUCGUGUCGGAUGCUCAGCUUCGUUGA